UUCUCUACAUGGGGCUCAAGGGCUCUUCUUCUUCCACUCUUGAUGCCUUGGGGCUCUCAAGGAAUGGAUCCCCCCUCGACAAUUGGAUUCAAGCCCACCUCGAGCAAAUUGAACUGUGAGGCUGUUGCUGCCUGAGUUGCGGUGGGCAAUGAAUUUGGGAGCUGGGUUUGGGCUGGUUGUGUGGACCGUGUGAAUUUCAGGAGGAAAUCCUGGUGUUGGAAGAUUCUAAGCAUUUGGAUGCUUGAGAGGUUCGCAGCCGCUGAUCCGGCUUUGUAGCGGUUGGAAACACGGAUCCUGUACUCGGGAGGUUUCUUGAGUUUUCAAUUGUGAAGAUCAUUCUGGAAUCUGAGCAUUUAGCUAUUAAUUUGAACAGAAUAUUCACUUCUGAGAAUUUCCAACGAGAAUUUGUAUUUUUUUUUGUAGUAAUUGGUGAAUCGAUUGAAUCGUGUCUUACACACAGCUGAAGCCAUGAGGGGACUCGACUUGAAUUCGACUGCUGUGCAUCCGUCUUGUUUAGUACAAACUGGUGCUCUAGAGUUUCUAUCACACAUUAGUAAGGGGAAGCGACAAAGUGGAAUCCGUUUUUCGAUUAAUAGGGUUCCGCACCAGUUAUUACUUGGAAAGAGGUCGUCUGUGAAGAGUAGAAAAUCUGCUCCAUUGUGUAACAACAAUAAAUUUCCGGGAUGUAAUGAGAAGAGAGUGUAUAUUAGUCCAGUUUACGCUUCACCUCCGGAUGUUCCAGUAAGGGAGAUCGACGUACAGGAUGGGGAAGAGAAUGGUGAAAAGUCUCAGGUUGUUCCAGAGGAUAUAAAGCUCACUCAAGAGCUGCAAGGCUCCAGCAAGUCUUGGAGAAGUUUGCCUCCAAGAUACAAGCUAAUUCUGACUACCGCAUUUGCAUUCGUUAUAUGCAACAUGGAUAAGGUUAAUAUGAGUGUCGCCAUUAUUCCGAUGUCCCAUGAGCUGGGCUGGAGCUCUACUACUGCAGGACUGGUCCAAUCGUCCUUCUUUUGGGGUUAUUGCAUCAGUCAACUUCCCGGUGGAUGGCUUGCUAAAGCGUUCUCUGGACAGAGAGUGCUGCGUGCGGGAGUGUUGAUUUGGUCGUUGGCAACAGCAAUCGUGCCAAGUACAGCAAGAAUACUACCGCUACUUCUUUUUUCCCGUUUCGCGGUUGGACUAGGGGAAGGAGUCUCACCAUCAGCUGCCACAGAUCUGAUAGCCAGAGCUAUGCCUGUGAGUGAGCGCUCUAGAGCUGUGGCUACGGUUUUUGGCGGCCUUAACGUUGGUAGUGUUGUUGGGCUCCUUCUAGCCCCAAUCAUGAUCGAGAUUUUCGGCUGGGAAUCGGUCUUUUAUGCAUUCGGCUUCCUAGGAGUUGUAUGGUCCCUGCUGUUUGAAAGUGCAGUAGGUUCUUCUAUGUUAGGGAACAAAUCUACUAUUUCAGAACCUCCUUCACCCACUCCAGAAAAAUCUGUGGAAGGCAACGAGCAUGGUGCCCACGGUAGUGUGAACGGUGAUUUGCGGGCAAGGAAAACACAAUCUAUGGAGGUGUCCAAUGAUAAAUCGCAGUUAUCUGCUGAAGCCAACACGUCCACUGAUAAGAAUAUUCCUUGGAAGGCUUUUUUCAAGAGCUCUGCUGUGUGGGCCAUGAUCUAUGCACAUUUUUGUGGGAAUUGGGGACACUAUACUCUUCUUUCUUGGCUCCCGACGUAUUUUAGUCAAGAGCUUCACCUCGAUCUUACUCAUGCAGCUUUAGUGUCCAUACUUCCUCCCCUGGCCUCCGUUGCGGUGACUAGUGUCGCGGCUCCUCUUGCCGAUCAUUUCAUUUCGCGUGGAUAUGACAUUACUUUAGUUAGAAAAGUCUGUCAAUCAAUCGGGUUUUUAUCCCCUGCGGCAUGCAUGGCAUUUGCCGCCCUAUCCCCAAAGUUUAACCCCUGGGUGGACGUUGCAAUUCUAACUGCGGGCCUUGGUCUGUCAAGUUUUACUCUUGCUGGGUUGUACUGCACACACCAGGACAUCUCUCCGAAGUAUGCAAGUGUGCUCCUGGGGAUAACGAAUUCUAUAGGAGCAAUCCCAGGAGUUUUAGGCGUUGCACUUGUUGGGAUCAUCUUGGAUAGAACUCAAUCAUGGAAUUUGGCUCUUUUUGUACCAUCAAUUUUCUUUUACUUAACUGGUGCACUGGUUUGGAAUAUCUUCGCCAGCAGUAAGCCCCAGAGUUUUGAGUCAUAGGUGUGCUAAGGGGUUUUUAAUGAAAGACAGAGCUUCAAACGCAACCUGUAAUUUUGCACUCAACGCAGACCAGGAAUGUCCUGAUCCAUGUAUAAUAAGGGAAAGGACCCAGCUUAUUUCAAGUCGUGGAUUCAACUUAGCAUAAAUAGAUUCAACUCAGUAAUUUAGAAAUGUCAAUUGGAAAGGUAUGACAAUUUUUGGACACUUCAUGAACUUGUGAAGUAAAUAAGUUGAAAUAUUCAGGAAUUUCAAAGAAUCAGUAAAGUUUUGCUAUGGGUCAUAGUGCAAUAUAAUAUGUAACUCGAUUUUCUCUAUUUAUAAAAUAAUGUUAUUAAUAUUUCGACCAA